CCGCCUCUCGCUCGCGCCUCUCGCGCUCCGCUGGCGGCCGCGGCAGCGCACGCGGCGACGCGGCUGCCAGCGUCGUCGCCGCCCCGCAGACGCGCGCCGAGGCCCUCGACGCCGGCAUCGAGACCGAGGAGCGCGCCGAGCGCUUCGCCGUCGGGCCCAAGGCGCAGCGCCUCUACGAGGAGGCGUAUGCGCUCUACUCGCGCGCCGCUGCGCUCGACGCCUCGUCGGCCGUGGCGCACUACAACGCGGCGCGCGUGCUCUACGUGCUCGCCGCCUCGUUCUACCUCGCCGCCGGCCACGGCAGCAGACGAGAGCAUGGAGGAGGACGAGGGCGCCGAGCAAGAGGCAUGGACCGAGUCGCCCGUGACGCCCGCAAGCACCCUCGAGACGUUCCUGGCGCUGCACGCCUGCGGCCUCUCGAUGCUCUCGCGCGCCACGGCCACCGGGAGCGCACAGACGCCGAGCCUCGACGCAGCGCUGCUCGUGAUCAACAGCGCCCUGAGCCGCGCCGACGAGCUCGUGGCGACGUGCGAGAACGCGGCCGAGCUGUCCGACGAGGGCGAGUGGCUCGUGGCGCUCGGCGACCUGGCGCAGGCCAAGCGCACCGGUGCGGCAGCCGAGGCGUCGCGGCGUGCUGAGCUGGCCGCCGCAGCUGCCCAGAGCUGGCCCUCAGAGGCGGAGGAGCCGGCGCUGCGAGCGCUCGAGACGCAAGUGCUCGACGCCGCCACCCAGCUCCUCACCACCGAGGAGCGCGCCGAGACGCGCAUUCAGAGGCUGUGUGACAUCGGCGACCUGGCCGUGCAGCUUGCCGUCAUUCGCGCGCAGCACACGUCGAGCGCCCGCGCCUGGGAGCUGGCGUCUGCGGCGACCAAGGCCUAUCUCGAGGCCGUCGCGGCGCUGCAGCGCUCCGGCUCGCUCGGCGCCAGCGACGCAAGCACGCCGACGGGCCGCGCGCGCUGCAGUCUGCGCGCCUCGCUCUGCGCCGCCAGUCUGCUGCGCAGCGCCGGCGCCGCACCGGCAUCGCUGACGGACGCCCAGCGCCUCACGCUGCGCGACAAUGCCCGCGUGUACGCCCGGCAGGCGCUCGUCGACGCCGGCCUCAAGGGCGCCACGCAGCUCGACGUCAAGAGUGCCCGCAGCGCGGCCGCGACGCACACGCCGCUCGGCGGCUGGGAGGGCAUGCGCUGCACGGCCGAUGCGCUGCUGGCCGCCGUGCGGGCGCUGUGGGCGCGCGCACUGCUGGCGCCGGCGACGCCGCAGCCGCCCGAGGAGAUGCUGGCGCUGCUGGCGACGGCAUGGGCACUGCUGCGCGGCACGCAUGGCGAGGCGUGGCGGGCGGCAUUCGCACUCGACGACGCCGGGCCUCGCCGCAUCACCGACGAGGGCUGGGCUGUGCACGCCGACGAGGGCGCCUUCUGGGCACGCUGGACGUCCGCGGUGACGCGCGCGACGUGGGACGAGGCCGUCGCCGCUGCAAUGUGAUGCUGGGCUGCGAGACCAAGGGUGUGCUGCUAGUGAGGCUGACGUGCUGUGCCCGAGUCUGUGCGGCCUGCUGCGCGCAAGGCAUCUGCUCUUGCUGAAGGGUGUGGCUGCGACAGCGAGCCGCCCGCCAAGAAGAAGCGCAGCUGCCUGCUGUUCCCACGCGUUUCGGCCGCGACGCGCUCCAGCGACGCGCGCGCUGCUCUCUACACG